CACGUUACCGCUGCCCUCCUCCGUCCCAGCAUGCACCGCGCCGUCUGCAGCAUAAAGAAAAAAGGCUAAAGAGAGACAACAGGGUGGGGAUUACAGACGCCUGUUGUGCCUGGCGUAUUCCUCAUAAACGUAUGUUGACAACAAGGAGCACGCCAUGGCCCUGAGGAGCUGAGAGCGGUGCUAGCUCUUUCUGCGUUUGUCGGGGUGUUCCCACCGUUGGGUAGCUGCCUGAGAAGACUGGGGGGGCCCGGUCAGAGAGUGGACAGGGAGGGGGCAGAGCUCAGCCGGAGCCAAUGCAGCAGCACCAGCUAGCGGAGGGAAACCUUCCUGUGUUCGUGUUCCCGACCGAGCUCGUCUUCUACGCGGAUGAGCAGUCGUCUCAUAAGCAGGUGCUCACCCUCUACAAUCCCUAUGAGUUCGCGCUCAAAUUCAAAGUGCUGUGCACAGCGCCAAACAAGUACACUGUGGUUGAUUCCACGGGAGCCGUCAAGCCGCAGUGUUGCGUUGACAUAGUAAUCCGACACAGAGACGUCCGGCCGUGCCACUAUGGCGCGUACGACAAGUUCCGACUGCAGGUGUCGGAGCAAAGUCAGCGGAAAGCGCUGGGUCGCAAAGAGGUGACCGCCACGCUCCGUCCCUCGGCCUCGCAGGAGCCGUCCGGCGCCAGGAGCCAAGACGAGGAGCGCCGGAUUAAGGAGCAGUUUGCGGACAGUGAGUUUUUUGAGCAGACUGCGUUUCAGACAGAAAGCCGUCCCGUUGCUGGAGGACCCAGUCUGCUCACAGUGCUGCUGGGACUCGUGUGCAUGAUCGCCCUGAUGCUUCCAACGCUGGGGGAGCAAGAAUCCACUGUGCCUGUCUACCUCCACUUAAGUGUUAACAAGAAACUGGUAGCUGCUUAUGUUCUUGGUCUUCUGACUAUGGUCAUCCUACGUACAUGAAGUGCACUGUGCUGAAAGGACGAGGAUAAACCGUUUUAAGCGGUGAAGAGAAACGUGAAGAGAAACGUGACAAUGACUGUAACUGUGAUUAUCAACAUCGUGGAACCAGAGGCACGACUUCAACGAGCAGAGCUCUCAGCGCUCUGGUGGAGCUCCAUCACUCCAUCCGCUGACAAAUACAUUUUAGUACAUUGGUUGCAAAUACAUAAAUGUUUUCUGGGCUGUUACAAAAAAAAACAAAAAAAAACGGGACGCUCUAUGGGAACUCUUGCUGAGCAGACGCCGCCUCUGAGCCUCGGCCAGGGAAGAGACGCGAGGCGCUUGGACGUCGCCUGGACCGUCAUGCAUUCUUCGUAAUUUUAUUGCCAUUGUGUGACUCAAUAUGGUUAACUUGAGUGUGAAGAAAUCUACAUGCAAACGUGUACAUAAAGCCAUUAAAACGUCAUGAUAUGCACCUGUAACUGUGGUCAUAUUGAUGUUUUGAAGCUUUCAUAGCACGAGACUGAAGACGAUGCAUUCAAGUGCAUGUGGCUGCUUCUAUCUCCCACGUAAACCCUUGAGACACUUUUUACAUUUCACCGAAGAGUUUGACGCAACAUUGAAACUCAUGUUUAAUAAAGUCUUAAUGCAGCUGCGUUGUAGUGCUAGUAGCUCCAAUCAAAAAGCAUGAUUAUUCUCAAAAGUCUGUCACAUAAACCUGCACUGACUAUUCAGGCCAGCAGUCGUAAAUAAGGCUAGAAAACAAUCCACUUAAUAGAAAUGUUUACAUUUACUCGCAUCUUGCAACUUUUAAUAUUUCUUCUAAAUCUACCGUAGCUUUAGGUAAAUAAGCUGCUUUUCUAAUAAGAUGGAAAUAAAUAGAUCUUACAUUUCAGUAUUAAAUAUAAUUCAAUAUUGAAAAAUUGGAACAAGAAAAUCCAAUCUUUAAUUCAAGUACAUUUACUUAGACGUUUGUUUUUUUUAAUCCAACCAUCACAAAUGUUUAGUUUGCUUACCUCUGCUGGAACUUUGGUCAAAUGAGAUGAAAGAUUGGACUUCAACACUCCAGCUGGCUUGAUGUCAAGCAAAUUCUGAAUAAGCGGGAAAAUAUCCCCCAAUAUUAAGUAAGGUGGAGGAUCUGUGAUGCUGCGGGCCCGUUUCUCCUCCACAGGCUCUGAAUCUUGUGUGUGAGCUCAAACUCUGAAAUACCAGGUUUUGAAUAAAAACACAGUCUCUUCCGGUAAUCGGAAAAUGAGUCGUCGUUUGGUCUUUUAGCAGAUUAACGACCCAAAAAUAUUAACACAGAGAAAGGUUGCCAUAGAAACAAAAAACUAAUCUUUGGAUAUAUACUGUAUAAAAAAAAAAAUGAAGAAAACAAAAACCCCAGCUGCAGAUGUUACAGGACAAUCCAAAAAAAAAUAAUAAAAAAAAAAAACAAACAAACAUCCAUUUCUCCUUUGCAAAAGCAAAGGAGGUGGAUUAGCAGCAUCAACUGUUCAUCCUGGACAGGUUACUGUGAAAUAUCUCUGCUGUCUGGAUAUGAAGUGGUUAGCAUGUUGUCACAGGUCACAUACCAAGUCUUCAGUCAGAGGUUUCUUCCAAGCCAAUUGACUGCUACUGGAAAUCCUUCCUCCCCACAGUGACUCUUGAUUUGAGUUGCAUUUGAAUUCCUUUUGCUAUAUAAUUCAAUCAAUGUGGCCAGCGAUCAAAGGCAGCGUUACACAAUAAACACCACCAAAAAAAAAGACAAUUAAUUCCUACAAAAGAAUAAAGUUAAAACAGAGUCAUUCCGUAAAAGAUCUGAAACCAAACCUCUUUAAAUUAAAAAGGGAUCACUUACAUGAAAUGAUUUACAAUCAAUUCAUUUUGUACAUGAACAUUUAAGGCGACAGAGCAACGGAGGUUGAGGAAGCGUAAACACGGGAGAGUACGGACACGGACCCAGCAGAACCCAACGAUUACAUUUUGGUGCAAAAUAUCACAGUGCAGGCUUGAAUCUCUGCAUUUUGUUUUUCCUCAAAACCAAAAGAAAAACAAAAAAAA